CAAACGACGCUAGCAAUCCUCUCUUCCAGUUCAUCCUAAAACACAAAUAUCCCACCAGGAGCCGUGCUCUUCGGGUGGGCUUGAAUUUUGUGCUCCUCCUUCUUCCUCUCUGUUCUGUUCCUGUCCUUGUUAAUUUGAUUUUCGGAUAACUUCCAUUUUUUUCUGUUUGAUAUAUAUCCCAUAUACUGUUCUUAAUCCUUCAUCCUCCGAUAAAAACUUCUGCGUCGACGCAUACGGAGGCUGAACAUAGCGUCGCCGUCGUUCGUGAAACGCUUGGGCUGCUUUCAGGUUCAUGUGAUAUGAAGUCACCCAAUCCUGUACCUUUGCCUGUAGAUUCAAAGAGUAGGAGAUCAUGUCUUUGUAGCAUUCUUCCAGCUGCUUCUUUUCUUUUUCUACUUUUCUUCAUAGGGAGUGCAUUUUUAGUUCCAGAUUACAGGGAGAAAGUAUCAAGAUGGAGAAUAGCUGAUAAUUUCCAAAAUUUUAAAUUUGGCACUUGUAAGAAUCAAUGCAGUCCUCCUGGAACCGAGGCCUUACCUGAGGGCAUUCUGUCAAAGACUUCUAACUUGCAAAUGAGACCAUUAUGGGGAUUUCCAAAGAUGGAUGAAAAUUCGAGGAACUUAUUUGCAGUUGCUGUUGGAAUAAAGCAACGAGAUCUUAUUGAUAAAAUGGUCACAAAGUUUCUAUCAAGUAAUUUUACUAUAAUGCUAUUGCACUAUGAUGGUAUCGUUGAUGAAUGGAAGGAUUAUGAGUGGAAUGAUCAUGUUAUACAUGUUUCUGCACGUAAUCAAACUAAAUGGUGGUUUGCAAAACGUUUCCUGCACCCUGAUAUAGUUGCAGAAUACGGUUAUAUUUUUCUCUGGGAUGAGGACCUCGGAGUUGAAAAUUUCAACCCUCAACAGUAUGUGUCGAUCGUUAAAAGCAAAGGGCUUGAGAUAUCACAGCCAGCUCUUGACAUCGGUAAAUCAGAGAUACACCAGCAAAUUACUGCACGUAUGAGGAAAUCACUUGUUCACAGAAGAACUUUCAAGCCUGGUCUUUGUGAUCGCAAUAGUACAGCUCCUCCAUGCACAGGGUGGGUAGAAAUGAUGGCCCCUGUUUUCUCAAGAGCUGCAUGGCGUUGUGUAUGGUAUCUGAUCCAGAAUGACUUGAUCCAUGCUUGGGGUCUUGAUUAUCGCCUUGGUUACUGUGCACAGGGCGAUCGGCUAAAAAAUAUUGGCGUUGUGGAUGCUGAGUAUAUAGUUCAUUAUGGUCGUCCUACACUCGGGGGCACAGAUGAAUAUAAGGAAUCAUCUCAAUCAAAUGCAAAGGAUCCUAGCCUGGAAGCGUCAUCUCAUCCAAACAAAAAGGAUCCUAGACUGGAAGUAAGGAGGCAAUCUUACCGCGAAUUCAAAAUUUUUUUCAGACGAUGGGAAAAUGCUGCAAGGGAUGACAAAUGUUGGAUGGAUCCGUACAAAGAUGCAGAUAAACAAAGCAUGCCCAGCUUUCACUUAUCUCCCAGAGCCGUGUAAAUGAUGAACCAUUUACAUUUUUGAAUCUUUGAUGCUUCCACCAACAAAUGUAAAGAGGACAGAACAAGGUGCAGCAAUGGAGAAGAGUUAUGCAGAGAUCUGAGACUGUGAAGUCAAAGAAUAUUUGAAGCAUCAAAUGGACAUCCUUAUGUUACAACAGACAUAAGAUAGAAAAGACCUUGUUUAUACAUUAAAUGGAACAUCCUUGUUUGUACAUAUUGUAAUUUCAGGUCUUGUAAUUAUAUCAUUCUUUCCUCAAUAAGGAAAAUGCAGUGAUAUAUAGAUAGAGAAGACCAGGAAUAGUUGAAAGGAGCAUUAAGGGGGAAAGAAAGGCUCACACUGAUGUGAUAAUCUAUAUACCUGUUCAGCAAUAAAAAUUUCUCGAGUAUUUAUUUUGA